UUUCAGUAUUUAUGCACCAAGAACUCUAAAAAUUAGAAUAGUUGAAUAAUUAAGAAUUAGAAUUAGUCAAAUAAGUUUAUGAAUAAAAGGUAAAUUUAAAUUUUAACUAUUUUGAGGUUGUGUAUUUAAAUACUAAAAUUUAUAUGCUCUCUAAAGAACUGGAAUAAAAAACCUCAGAGGUAUCAAAGAUAAAAAGGAGUUAAAUUGUAGUUUAAGAGGAUCCAAUUUAAGAAGAUAACUUAAUUGAAAUAGAGAGAGCUAAGACUUAAGAUUUAAUUAAUGAAACAUAAAUAAAUAUGGAGUAAGAAUUAUAAGGGUUGAAAUCUUAAUAUUCUAAAGAAUUAUCUGAUCUAUAAAAGUAGAUAAGAAAAAGAGACUUGAUGAUAGAGUAAUUAAAUAUAGAAAUAUAAAUGUAUAAAAAUUGCUAAAAUUAAAAUCUUGACAAAAUGAAAGUGGAGUAUCUUUCAUAAUUGAUUGAGAUAGUUUAGGAUAUCUAAAUAUCAAUAUAGCAAUGAUGAUGUAUAUGUUAUUUAUAGAAUAUAUGUGAG